AUGUUGGAAGGUAGCGAACGAACAAGAAUACUUUUGUUGCUGGCAUGCUUAAAUAUCGUGAAUAAAAUUGUAAACGGACAAGAAUCAACAUUCAACAGUUUGAGAGAAAUAAUAAAAGGAAAACAAAAACAAAAAAGUGAGUCUCAGCACAAAUCGUUCACGUCAGGUGAACAGGUUGUGGCGAUAGCAAAGGCAACAAUUCAAGGGAAUAAGAGAGAGAUAGUCGCGCGAUCGAAUACCGUAUGGUCGGCCGUCGACGACAACGAUACCAAAAUUGAUUUGCUUCUUGUUUCGAGUGAAGUAAAUGUCUAUACGGAGCUUGCAAGACUAAAGUCGUAUCGUAAGUACAUGCAUAGCAUAGCAAAAGCAAGCAAUAAACAUACAAUGACUGUUGGCAGAUCAUCGAUCGGAUUGGAAUGGAUUGAAGGAAAACGAGUGCAGAUUUAUUGGUCUUGGAGAUUUACUCGAGAAUGCUUAACAGUAACGACAACAGCAGCAGCAGCAACAGCAGCUUAA